UCCAGCUUGCGCGUCGUCCCCGCACCCUUGCCGGGCGCGACCCUGGGCCAUGCAUCGCCGGGACUGAGGCGGUCCCAUCCAUGGCCGAGCCCGCGCUCCGGACGGCCACGACGACGACGACGACGGCGGCGGCGGUGGCGGCGGCGCAUGGAGAACUUCCGUAAGGUGCGCUCGGAGGAGGCGCCGGCGGGGGGCGGGCCCGAGGAGGGCAGCCCCGGCUCGGGGCCCUUCGCCGAUCUGGCUCCGGACGCCGUGCAUAUGCGGGUCAAGGAAGGCAGCAAGAUCCGCAACCUGCUGGCCUUCGCCACCGCCAGCAUGGCGCAGCCGGCCACGCGCGCCAUCGUCUUCAGCGGCUGCGGCCGGGCCACCACCAAGACCGUCACGUGCGCCGAGAUCCUCAAGCGCCGCCUGGCGGGUUUGCACCAGGUCACGCGGCUGCGCUACCGGAGCGUGCGCGAGGUGUGGCAGAGCCUCCCGCCGGGGCCGGGACCCGAACCCACGCCGGCUCAGACGCCCGCAGCAGAACCGGCCGCCAGUCUGAGCGUACUUAAGAACGUACCGGGCCUCGCCAUCCUACUUUCCAAGGACGCCCUGGAUCCGCGGCAACCCGGCUACCAACCCCCUAAUCCCAAUCCUGCUCCUUCGUCCUCACCGCCGACCGCUCCGACGUCCAAGAGGAGCUUAGCGGGAUCUGCGGCAGAAGCAGGCACUGCGAAGCGGUCUCAACCCGAGCCUAGGGUUGCGGAUAAGGACCGAACUGCCUAAAGAACCUAAAGAGCUCUGGGCCGCCUUGGACCGGUGGGAUCUUGCAAUCCCAGCGCCUCUACAUUCACAUGCACCGCCAGCCUUUCACAUCUGGGCCCUCGGGAGUCCUUGUAUUCCUGGACGCAGCUCCUCAGAUUGGCAGCGUGGAACCCCCCCCCCCAACCUCCAGGAGACGAGGGAGGGGACCCAGGAGUGUCCGGAGAGGAGAGGAACUCGUGGGAUGUAUUGUCAACGCUGAACUCCCUCACCUUUUCUGUGCCAUGCUGAGAAACCUUCCUCCUCCGGUGAAGGAACUGGAGGCAGUGGGACUCUUGAGUCUUAGAGCCCCACUGAGGUUAAAGGCACCCAGGAAGGAGGACAGAUUCUGGCAACUGAGGAGAGCUCUGGGAGGGCAAGACCUGAUAAACUAAUAGCUUGAGGGUAGGGGAGUCUGAAAUGUGGGGACCUUGUCCUGCCUGCUAUCCUGGGCCAGUGUCCCUUUUUAACUUUUCUCCUUAACCUUCCUUUUGUUUUUCGAGGUAGCCCCCCUCCCCAGCCCAGGCUGACCUGAAAUUCACUAUGUAGUCUCAGGCUGGUCUCGAACUCAUGGCAAUCCUCCUACCUCUGCCUCCUGAGAGCUGGGAUUAAAGGCGUGCGCCCCCACGCCUGGCCCUCCUCCCCUUUGCAUGGUGGCUGAGGAGACCCAGGACUGAACUUUCUUCCAUGCAUCCUCCCCUAAACCCUACUGCUGGAAUCUUCUCUUCCAAUAAAACAAACGACAAUGA